CACAACGUAUUAAUCCAGAAUCGAUCCUCCAUCUCAAUAAACAACACCAACGACUGCAACGGCAACCUACAGAUAGACCCAAGAGAUGCCCUCUGAUUUGUGCUAUUGGCUUAUAUCAGCCCCUCUCAAGGAUGGUGAUCCCGAUGUCAUGCUCAACGAAGUCAGGCAGGAGAUCCCGGGCGUCUUUGCUGCUAAAUGGGAGAUACCCGAGCUCAAGGCUGGAACACUAUCUUCCCUCUUAACCCUCUCUGACUCUCUCCCCAAGAUUGAUUCUGCAUUCACAACCACUGCUUCCAAACUGCUCGACCAACUCCGUUCAUUAGUGGAUAAUGAUAAUGGCAAAAUCGCACAGCAUGCGAGGGUGAAUGACCGUCCGGCGGAGGAGUAUUUGAUGGCUGGAGGGGAUGGGUUCAAAUGGGAUAAAGGAAGGUGGGGUGAGGGAGGCAAGGUGACGGAAGUCGUUGGAGCGUUAAGUAAGGAGAUGGCCGUUAUCGAAGCUACGCAAAGGGAAAAGGCGCAAUCUUAUAACCUUGCCAAGGGCGGCUUGACAACCCUUCAACGAAAGCAAAUUGGUAACCUUUCUCAACGGUCAUUGCUGGACAUUGUAAAGAAGGAGCACCUGGUAGAAGAUAGCGAAUAUCUUGAAACUCUUAUCGUCGCCGUUCCAAAGAACCUCGCAAAGGACUGGUCCAAUAAGUAUGAACGUUUGACAAGCAUGGUCGUGCCCCGCAGCUCCCAACAAAUCGCUUCGGAUGAUGAGUAUGUUUUGCAGACUGUAACCGUAUUUAAAAAGGUCCGAGACGAUUUUAUCCACAAGUGUCGAGAAAACAAAUUUAUUGUUAGAGACUUUACUUGGGACGAUUCGGCACUUGAGAAGCAAAGGAGGCAGCUUGCAGAGCUGGAGAUAGAGGAGAAGGAGUUAUGGACUGGGCUGUUACGCUUGACAAGAAUAAACUUUUCAGAGGCCUAUCAAAUCCUUGCACACCUCAAGACAGUCCGUCUCUUUGUUGAGAGUGUACUCCGGUACGGUUUACCUGCAGACUACGCCGGUGUCAUCAUCAAACCCGAUCGCAAAACGGCAGCGAAAACUCUCCGAUCCAUAACAACCCAUUACGCUUACCUCAACAAUUCUUCUCGCGACUCUUCUGCCCGGAAGGGUAAAGGAAAAGGCUCCUCAUCAGCAAUGGGAGAUGAUGUCGGUGGAGAGUGGGCGAGUGUGAUGGAGGCAGAGUAUUAUGAUAUCGUGUUGUUUGAGAUUCCUAUGGUUAUUUGCUAAAGAUCAAAGAGAUUAAAAGAAUGAUACAUUUCUUUUUUCUUUUUUUUUUGAUGUAAAUCCCGUUGUGUUUUAUCGAUGGAUGAUGGCUUUGAUAGACAGUGGAGAUGGGCCGUUGCGAGCUCUAAGCAAGACACCUCUUUUAUUACCACUGUUAUUACUCUGUAUCGGCCGUUCUUUUUCCUCUAUCCCUUCUUUUGAGACCGGUCGCGCCACCGCCGGAAGGAGAUGUAGUUGGCGUAACA